CGUCUCUCAUUCGCUGCGAUUAGGGGCCUCCUUGAUUUCGUCGUCAGGCACUUAUUUGUUCUCGCUAUCUCGUUCUUGCCGAAGAUUAGGGUUUUCAUUCCUUUCUUUGGUUUCCCUUGUCGCAUUAAAUCGAGGGGUUGGAUCGAUUGCGGCUUUUGAGGGCCAGUUUUUUAUGCUUUACUUGCUUGUCUGAAGUUGGAGGAGCCGCUGUCGUGGGUUUGAACUGGGGUAGAAAUUUGAUGAAGAAGAAGUUCGAAUCGGGUAAAUUUGGUGUUCUUUGGCAACUCGAGGGGUAGUAGGUAGCCUUGUGACUUUCUGGCAUAAAAGGAGUGGUCAUUAAUGGGUGCUCUGCAAGUCGGGGAAGUUACCAUCGCAAGAAGAAGCUAAAUUUAGGGCUUUAGUCCGACGAAGUGUUCCUUCAUCAUUUGCUUUUGUAACAGAACCAUCGCAGUAAAACAUGACAUGCUAUGCAUGAUUGAUCUUUAAAUCAGAAGUUGUGGGAGAAGUUUUGCGGGCAUUUUUUGUUCGAUAUCAAUUUCUGAAGGUUUUGACCUGAUGUUCUCUUCUAGAACCGACUGUACACACGAUACAGCUGGAAUUUCCGGUCAGGUGCUUAUUGCAACGAAGUUUGUCUGGCCCUAUGGUGGGAGAACGGUUUCCCUGAUUGGCUCUUUUACAGGGUGGACUGAUCGUUAUCCAAUGUUCCCUGCGGAGGAUUGUCCUAACAUAUUUCAAGCUGUCUACAGCUUAACACCAGGCAUUCAUCAGUAUAAGUUCUUUGUUGACGGUGAAUGGCGGCAUGAUGAUCAGCAACCUCAUGUGGUGGGAAAUUAUGGGAUAGUGAACACUCUUAUUCUCCCCCAAGAAUCUAAUCCUAUACUGACUGCCUUAGGCCUUGAGAAACCUAGUAACCGGAUAAACAUGGAUGUAGACAAUUGGAACGUCCGGCAUGUGGAGACAACUUUGAGGGUUCCAGAGGCUGAUAUUGGACUUUUUCGUGAUCAUAUUUUUGAACUUUUGUCCACCCAUACUGCUUAUGAAUUGCUUCCAGAUUCAGGAAAGGUCAUUGCUCUUGAUAGCAAUUUGCCAGUAAAACAAGCAUUUCAUAUCCUCUACGAGCAGGGAAUUCCUGUUGCUCCUUUAUUGGACACAUACAAGGGAGAAUUUGUUGGAGUACUCAGUCCAUUAGAUUUUAUAUUGAUUCUGAAAGCGCUCAGUAAUCAUGGUUCCAAUUUGGCGGAGGAAGAGCUUGAGAGCCAUACUAUUUCUGCUUGGAAAGAGGCAAAACAACACCUAAGCAGGCAAAUAGUUAUGCAUCAAAGACAAUCUCAGAGACAAUUAAUCCAUGCUGAGCCCUAUGAUUCAUUGAAAGAUGUUGCAUUGAAGAUAUUGCAAAAUCAGGUAGCAACAGUACCAAUUAUUUCAUCACGUGGGGAAUCAUUUCCACAUUUGCUUUAUCUUGCAUCCCUUUCAGAAAUAAUGAAAUGUAUCUGCAGGCAUUUUAGACAUUCUUCUGUUUCAUUGCCCAUUUUGCAACAAGCAAUAUGCACUAUUCCUGUGGGCACAUGGAUUCAACGAAUCGGUGAAUCAAAUGGGAAGCACUUGGCAAUGCUUAGACCAAAUGAAUCACUUAGCUCUGCCCUAGCACUGUUAGUGCAAGCUCAAGUUAGUUCAAUACCAAUAAUUGAUGAUCAUGACUGUUUGCUGGAUGCAUACUCCAGAAGUGACAUUACAUCUUUGGCUAAAGACAAUGCUUAUGCACGAAUUCACCUGGAUGACAUGAGAAUUUACCAGGCUUUGCAACUCAGACAAGAGUCAAAUUCUCAUUAUGGAUUCUACAAAGGGCAGAGAUGCGAAAUGUGCCUCCAUUCAGAUUCUCUACAGAAAGUAAUGGAGCAAUUGGCUAAUCCUGGGGUUCGACGCCUUUUUGUUGUCGAAGCUGGAAGCAACCGUGUGGAAGGCAUCAUUUCAUUGAGUGAUGUAUUCAGGUUCUUCUUCAGCUUGGCUUAAGUGUCACGAAGCAAUCGAUCAUUCAACUUUCUGUCAAUGUGUUCAAACCACUACCUUCAGAAAGGCAAAUGAAAUUAUUUUUUGUUCAAAUGGUUUUUCUAUUUUAAUUUCGAAUGUGUCAGCUAACUUGGUUAAAACUUCGAUAGUUUAUCGAAAAGUCAUGGGCUCGAAUC